UGUGGCUGUGUCCGUUGCCGUGCUCGCACCUCUGUGCUGCUGCUGCUCCUCCGCCAGUGGACGUCUCUGGCCGCUCCCAACACUCCUGCUUCCAGCGUCGUAUUCAUCUUCCCCGGCACCAGUCACCAGCCUCCAGACGCACUAGACACCAGACGCACCAGCUAAAGACGCACCAGACACAACAGCCACCAGCCACCAGACGCACCAGCUAAAGACGCACCAGACACAACAGCCACCAGACGCACCAGCUAAAGACGCACCAGCCACCAGACGCACCAGCUACAGACGCACCAGCUACCAGACGCACCAGACACAAGACCUACCAACAGACUCCACUUGCACAGUCGAGCCACAGGACAACAGUUGAGAACAGGCAAUAUCAGACCAGCUCCCACACACAAUCUUCCAGCAAGAUGGUGCACGUGACGGUACGAGAGAGCACGACGGUACGCCAUGAGGGCGGCUGCCACUGUGGCGCCGUAAGGUUCCAGGUCUUGGGCCCUCAUACCCCUACAGUCAGGGACUGCAACUGCAGCAUCUGCGUCAAGAAGCAGAACAAGCACUUCAUCGUUCCAUCCAGCUGCUUCAAGCUGCUGCAGGGGCACGACUCUCUCACCACCUACACCUUCAACACCCACACCGCCAAGCACACCUUCUGCUCCACCUGCGGCGUCCAGUCCUUCUAUAUCCCCAGGUCCAACCCGGACGGCUAUGGUAUAGUGCCGCACUGUCUUGACUCUGGCACCGUCAGGAAGGUCAAGUAUGAGAAGUUUGAUGGCAAGAGCUUGAAGGACGAACGUGAAGGAAGUCCUAAGAAAGCAGGUGAUAGAAGUCCCAAGAAGGAAGGUGAUAAAAGUCCCAGGAAGGAAGGUGAUAAAAGUCCCAAGAAAGAAGGCGAUAAAAGUCCCAAGAAAGAAGGCGAUAAAAGUCCCAAAAAAGAAGGCGAUAAAAGUCCCAAGAAAGAAGGUGACGGAAAACCCAACAAAAAGGAAGGAGGUGAUAGAAGUUCCAAGAAAUAAGGUGAUGGAAGACCCAAGAAAGAAAGAAAUGAAGUCAGCCCCAAAGGAAGAAGGUGAAGAACACCCCAACAAGUCCCCAGGUAAUGUGACACAGGAGCACCAACCACACGAGACCACGCAAGCACUUACGAACCCGUACAUCUUUUCUCAAUCUUUGGCAGCUUUGUUUACAAUUAUUAAACAGUAAAUGAACUCCGAAGCACCAGGAGGCUGUUUAUAACAAUAACAACAGUUGAUUGGGAAGCUUUCAUGCUUGUAAACUGUUUAAUAAAUGUAACCAAAGCCGUCAAAGAUUGAGGAAAGAUGUACACACGUUCGUAAGUGCUUGCCGUAACUGCUUCGUGAAUCUGGGCCCAGACUACUACCAACAUUAAAAGUCAUCCCUGCAACCAAAUACAUUUAUGUAGAUAAUUAUUAUAUCAUAAAGCAAUGUAACGGCACA